GUGGACGUCUCGACCCAGGUGGAUCUGUACGGUGGUUUCGGGGCGCCAGCUGGCAGCAUCAGUAUCGACUGGGAUCGCAGGGCGACCCCGCUGUACUCGCGCGAAGACAUCAAGGAGCAGUAUUGCAUAACCAGCCGGCAAUUGGACGCGGUGGAGAAAUCGGGUGGUGGCUUCUUCGGCUGCUUGUCGACCAGGGGCCCGUCACCGUGCACCUCCGCGAGGACCUCGAUCCUCUCCGCUUGCGUGAGGAGCGUGCCAAGCGAUGAGAACCUCUGCGACGCUCCUUACCCCCGACGAUCCCUGCAGAUCAUGUACCGCCAGCCCUACCCGACCUACUCGAGAGGUUUGUCUCGUUACGACUUCGAGGACGAGGCCGACUGGAUCGAGAGUUCCUACUUCCGGCGCAGACCCAGGUCCUUCUGCACCGUCCCCGACCCGAAAAGGUACACGUGGCUACCGGAGGACGAAGAAUCAACGAAAUUGGAGGGUCCUCGACCAGUGUUGCCGCCAGCACCACCGCCACCCACUUCUCAGGCACCGAAAACGAAGCACGUGAGCUUCGCGAGAUCGCAUACUCUCACGUCUUUUGACGUUCCAAGGAGCAGAAGCCCGCCGAGACCGCAGAAUCAGGAACGCCUGAUAGAUUCACAGCCAACGAUACAGAACGCCAUGCUUCCUUCGACUUUACCCAUGAUGCAUCCGUACACCACUAACGAGCCCCGAGUUAUUGUCCUCGAGAAGCCACCGAAACGCGGAGCGAUGAAGACCCAGGCGACCCAGACGGAGAUGCCAGCCGUGUUCCGUGGCCGAGUACCCGUCACGCUCAGCCCCCGAACGAUCCAUCGGGUGAAGAUGGUGUCGCAAGGGGCGCAGACCAACGGUAUGUUCAAUGGCAGAAAGUUGACGAAGAGCUACUCGGAGGCCGGCCAACUGGGCACACCGUUGGGAGGUCAGGCCGGCGCGGCUGGCAAGGAUGAAACAGAGCACCACGAGCCUCUUCACAGAACGCAGAGCGAGGAACCACCGAGGUCACCGUUCCUCGUCGAUACGCCACCCCCUCAGGGACAUGUUGAACAGCCCUUGACCAACGGAGACAUCUCCGAACCUAUCAUGAUCCACGUGAGUCUUGGAGAAUAUUGUUACGGUUUCGCUUGA